UGUCCCUUGCCACGUAGGGCUUCGAAUUUUGCAGUUUUUUUUUCACAUCUUAUCAAAAAUACAUUAUUUUAUGAAUCACCACUGUUUUGUGGUUGACUUAGGUGUAUUAUUAAUAAAAAAUAUGCAUAUUUAAUCAGAUUUUUGCCUUGAUUAACCAUUUUACAAGCAAAAAAUGAACUAAAAUUCAACUAUAAGGCAUUCAGAAGUGGUUACUAGCUUCUAACCAUUUCUAGCCUCAAAUUUAUUCCUUCUAAACUCGAAGAAGCCACCAACUUACUACUUCCAUAUGGAGGACAACUUUUUUUUCACUCUAUCAUGUCGGACAGGGCUGCCUUCAUAACUUCAUGCAGCAUUAAGGUGGCAGGUCCGCCGCAAGCGGGGGCUUUUCUGGAGCGUCCCUCCAGACCGACUAUGUUUCGGAAGUUCUACGAACGUGGGGAGUUCCCGAUGGCACUGGAGCAUGACACCAAAGGCAACCGUAUUGCUUGGAAGGUGGAGCUGGAGAAGCUGGACUACCAUCACUUCUUGCCUCUGUUCUUUGACGGUUUAUGCGAGACGGCUCACCCGUAUGAGUUUUUUGCCCGACAGGGCAUCCAUGACCUACUGGAGCACGGCGGCCCAAAGAUUCAGCCCGUCAUACCGCAACUCAUCAUCCCCAUCAAGAACGCCCUGAACACGAGGAACCGCCAGGUCAUCUGCACCACCUUGAAGGUCCUGCAGCACCUGGUGAUGUCUAGCGACACGGUAGGAGAAACCUUGGUGCCCUACUACAGACAGAUCCUGCCCAUCCUCAACAUCUUUAAGAACAUGAACAUCAAUUCUGGAGACGGCAUCGACUACAGCCAACAGAAACGAGAGAACGUGGGCGACCUGAUACAGGAGACUCUGGAGGUGUUGGAGCGCUACGGUGGAGAGGACGCCUUCAUCAAUAUCAAAUAUAUGGUGCCCACCUAUGAGUCCUGUAUGAUUAGCUGAAUGCGGUGAGGGAAUUUCACCCUCGCUUGUUAUUAUCCACCGACUCCCUUAGUUUGAUUCUUGACAGCUUUUCCCACUGCAUCAUAUCAGCGCGGUCGUUAUUGCCGUCGGUCGUUUUUUUUAACCCAAGGGAGUAUCUUAUGUUGUUGGGAGACUCAUGUUUUUCAGGAGAUUGAGGGCAGAUGCAGCAAAGUUGAGACUGUGGAGUUUAAUCCUACAGGUCCAAAGCUAAGGCCCAGCAACAUAAUUUUUGGUCAUUUAAAUAUAUUUUUUACUCCCUUGACUAACAUCACAGAGAGUGUUUUUUUUAAUCUACCUCAAUUAGCAAACGUAUACUUUCGUUUUAAGUCUCAAAUUAAAAUGUAUUUCGGAUUUUAGAUUUUUAUGAAAAUUAAGUAGGAUUUUGUUGAAAAUUUCAUCAAGUAUUCGUAAAAACAUAUUUUAGAGGUUACUUGAAAAUACGUAUGUUUUGUCACUGAUUACCGGGGGUGUCCAGGGGUGUCCAAACAUUUUCCACAGAGGACCACUUUCAUAUUUUGUAAAGCAACACAUGUAGAUAUGCUAAGACGUUUAAUACUAAAAAAAAAUACGAAAAAAAACAGCGUCUCAGUGAUAUACUGUAGGUGGAAAAAGCUCAUUGCAUCAUACAAACUUCAAACAAUCAUACAAAUUCUCCAAAAUAUAUGAUUUUUUUUCUCAAAUUUCGGAAGUUUUCUUUUGUGAUAUUUUCACAAAACAUUUUUCUCAUAUUUCUCUUGAUAUUUUCACAUUAUUCUUGUAAAAUUACAGCUGUUUUUACAUUUAUUUUUUAAAACUUAAUUUUAAAACUAUUUCAACCUUCUUCUUGUGAAAUUACUUCUUCUAAUUAUGUCUUUAUUCCCAUAACAUUUGCCUUUAUUCUUUAAACACAACUACUUUUUCCGCAACCCAAUUUUCCAAAAAUUAAUUGUUGUUUUGUAUGUUUUUCAUAAUUACAACUACAUAAAUUGUUUUGUCUUCAUCUUUUGACUUUAUUCCUGUACAAUUACAAUUAUUACAAUUACUUUAUUAUGUUUUUUUUGUGUGUGUUCUUGUUCAUUUCUAUUUGUAAUAGUGCAAGGGCUAUGCGCAAGGCCUGCAAAUGGCCCCAGAGCCGCACUUUGGACACCUCUGCUUUUAUGGAUGAUAAUACUGAAUACUCUAACCUAAACAGUACCCAGUUGAUACACUUGGGACCAAAAUAUAAUUUUGAAGUUAAAUGUUCUUAAUCUAAAAAUCAAAAAAUCAAAAAAUCAAAAAAUCUAAAAAUCUAAAAAUCUAAAAAUCUAAAAAUCUAAAAAUCUAAAAAUCUAAAAAUGUUUGUGUUCUACUACUAGAAAUGACUACUUUCAUAAAUGCAUUUUUUCUACUCAACCCCUUGCACAAACGCUGCAUUUUGAGACUUUUGUUUAUGCAUGUAUGUACGUCAUUUUCCUGUAACUAUGCAAUAACCACACAUAGGCCUUAUCUUUACAUCAAUACCAGUGCAAA